GCACGCGGUAAAUAUAAUCAAACCUACCCCGUUUUUUUCUUUCGUAUUCUCUCAGUGGACCAAUCACAUACAAUGGUGAUGUCAACAAGGAAAUGUCUAAUGCAAGAGAAAUGAAACACUUCUAGUUAAGGAACAAGCUCGUUAUUGGUGAAUGGAUAAUGGAGGAAAGCCACAAGAAGAUUCUUCAGCGCAAUAGGAUCAAUCUCGUGAGAGAUUUGGACCCAUCGUACCUCUAUGAUGGACUUCUUGAAAAGGGAGUUUUUACCCACGACAUGAUCGAUGAGAUAAAGAGCUCUGGGACCAGACGGGACCAGGCCAGACAGUUAGUCCGGGACUUGGAGACCCGUGGUAGUCGGGCCUUUCCAUUAUUUCUGGAAUGCCUUCAGGAGACAGGUCAGCACCGCUUGGCAGAGCUUCUUCAGAAUGGAGCUCCAACAGUUCAGAUACAGCCUGUAACACCCACUCAGGUUGUCCGCCCUGUUGUCCAGCCUCUCCCAAUUUCCCCUCCAAUGGAUAUUGAUAAGCAGAGAAAAGAUGAUGUUCCUGUCUACCCAAUACAGAUAUCCAGUACUACUCCCAGUCCAUCACCUGAAAGGGAGUACUUAAGACCAAGGCCACAAGGCAGAACUCGACGGGAUAGUAUUCAGUGUCAGAGUUAUAAAAUGGAUGCCAGCCCAUGUGGACAUUGCCUCAUUAUAAACAACGUAGAGUUUGAACCUAAGAGCGACCUAAACAAUCGCAACGGGUCCAACAUGGACUGUGACAAGCUGGAGAGAAGAUUCAAGGCACUCAACUUUAUUGUGGAAGUGAAGACAAACCUGAAACAAAGACAAAUCAAACAGGGAUUGUCAGCUUUAUCUAAGAAAGACCAUUCACAAUAUGACUGCUGUGUGGUUAUCAUUCUUUCCCAUGGGGCUGAGGUGAAUCACAACCGGUUCCCUGGUGCCGUGUAUGGUGUGGACGGACUGCAUGUCCCAGUUCAGCACAUCACAAACUACCUCAAUGGCCAGUGUUGUCCAUCUUUACAGGGCAAGCCCAAACUUUUCUUCAUCCAGGCCUGCGGAGGAGGUCAAAAAGACACAGGCUUUGAGGUGUCCCCCGACGAGGUUGAACCAUCCAUUGGUGGAGCAGAUGAUCAGACGGAUGCCAUUCCCAUGUCAUCCAGCAGCGACUCUCUGAGCACAUCCGAUGAACCAGACGCCAGAGCCACGCUGCCCACCCCGAGUGACAUUCUGGUGUCCUACUCUACUUUUCCUGGUUAUGUUUCUUGGAGAGACACCCAGUCAGGCUCCUGGUACGUCGAGAUACUAGACCGUAUUCUUGAUGAAAACGCUGCAAACCAUGACUUGGUCACAAUAUUGAUGAUGGUCCAAAAUGAAGUCUCCCGAAACUCUGCAAAAGGGCUCUACAAGCAAAUGCCUGGUUCCUUUAAUUUCCUCCGCAAACUUCUCCACUUUCAAACACAAGCAUAGCGACAAAUUUCAGCUUUACACUUCUCAGUUUCACUUUAAGAGAAUGUACUAUUGUUCUCUGUCCUAAUUGUGUCUAUUUCAUGACUGUAAUUUCUUGAGAUUACGCCUAAGCAGAGUUGCAAAGUGUAUGAAUUUGCUAAAUUGUACUUUUACAGAUACAAUCAUGUCUUACUGUACAUUUGUAUUGAUUAUCAGGUGGUGCUGUGUUUUUAAUUGUUGGAAACUUUUGGGUAUAGGUGCCAUCUUGGGGAAAAAACAGUUCUGUACUGUGAAAAUGUGGUUUAGGUUAGGUUUUUUAUCUUAUCUUUCUGUCUUAUCUACACAGGAAAUGUAAGAGAAAUUUCUACAAACGGAUUUUUACCAGUUCCUUUUGCAUCUUAUUCCAAGUGUCUUUAAUAUACAGAUUUUUUUAAAUGGAAUUUGUGUAGAGUUAUUUGCUGAAAAUGGGGUUUGAGACAUGGGAAUAUUUCAUUGACUAGAUAUGAGCCACAUAUGAGAGUUAAAUGUGUCCUCUCAUUUCUUUGAGGAUUAUGUUGGUUUUCUUGGUAUGCUGGCUCACUUUAACUUAUUUCCUUAAACCUUAAGGGCCUAUUUAUGAAAUAGGGGUGGGAAUCACCAGAGGCCCUACGAUAUGAUAUUAUCA